AUGCAGCCAAAAGCUCCCAUCCAGCAACCUGAAGUCUCUGACGAUGAUUCCGGUGCAGAUACCGUCCGAGCUAUCGAAACAUCACCGACAAUCUUGGCGCAGUCAACGGGAUCUCAACACAACCAGCCCCAACCUGGAACUCAGAACGUCUCAAUCCGACCCAUUCCCAUUCGCUUGACCAACCCAGUGAGAUACUCGUCCGAGUACUCUACCUCUCCGGACUCGGCGACUCCAUUCAUUCAGUCCAUGACCUCCUCAUACGAAGCACAACCUCCUUGGCCGUCGCGCGAGCAUACCCCGCCUUCUGGGUCUGAGGAUGGUCCGCCCAAAGGCACGCAGCUGCCGUCAACGGCCGAGCAGCCCCCCAAGAAGCAAGAUGAGCCCUCGGAUGAGCAACCUCAACCUCAACUGCAACCGGAACCACAACCGCAAUUAAGCGAUCAACUUCCUACCGACACGGAACCCGCACCCCAAUCACAAAAUGUGCCUUUCAUCGAUGAUGCCAGCUUGUCCAAAGACUUCGAACAAUACGAGAAGGGAAGCAAGCUGGUGCUCACCUACCAAGCUCCGCGCCGACCUUACGGUCGUUCCGAGUAUCCCAAUCCUCCAGGCAUCGACAGCGAUGACACAGUUUUGUCCGAAGCCGAAAAGCGCCUCUCUCGCACUGGCUUGGUCUAUCACGACCGACAUAUCAGCAAUCCUAUUGCCGGCCAAUACAAGGCCACUGUCCACCUCACCGUCAUGAAAACCAUAUCCGGUGGGCCGGUUGCUGGCACCCAGGUCAUUCUGUGCAAAGUUGACGAAGCCAAUUACGAUGACGGGAUGUCCAAGAAACAAAAAGGAACCUUGCUUCGAAGUGUUUCACUCUUGAGAACGAAAAGCACACGGGUGAAGAAGCGAUUCGCCAGGUCCUCGAUAGCGAACUUGUUCAGCCAGGAGAAUGCGGGUAGUUCCUCUCUAUCUCGAGGGACUGGGAGUAAGAAAGAACCAGACGUCGCCGGCAAGGCCCCAGUUGUGGAAUCUUUCGACGGUGAACGCUUGACCGUGGGUCAGCUUGCAGUCAUCAAGGUGUACGAUGCCAUGUUCUACCCUUUCCAGUACGGAAUGUAUCAAGGGCCCUGGAAGGUGACAUCUAGAGCCGAUCAGGAGCACAGUCGCGAGGCCGGUGCUUAUAAGCAUCUCUGGACUCACAAGAAGACUGGAUAUUCACACCUUGCACCUCAAUACUACGGAUCCUGGGCCAUCAAGCUGACGACUACAAAUUCAGUUGUGGAGGACAAGCAACGAUUCGCCAGAGCCAUCAUCAUGGAGUACAUUGAAGGCACCAGCAUUGAGGAGCUUUGUUUCCGGACCGCCAAAGAAUACCUUCUAGUUCCUCGAAACAUGAAGGAGUGCAAGAUGGCCGAUGGCACCACUUGGGAUUUUGAUAGGAAAGUUCGCUUGGAAGUCUUCAAGGAGCUCCUGGAAGGCUACGUGAAUAUGCUUCAUCACGGGGUCAACAUGCGUCUCGAUCCCCAAAACAUUCUUCUCACGGGUAAACGCGGAGAUGAGGUUCUCGAUGCAGAGCACCCUCGUGUUGUGGCAAUUGACUAUGUCGAUGCGAUGAUCGACGAUGAGAGGAAGGAGCCUCUCAGGAUCUACCAAAUUUGGAAGAAGCCGCCUCAUCCCUGGGGCGAGACGUCUUUGCCAAAGAUGCAAUACUUUCACGGCUGGUUUCCCCAUCAUUGGAAGCCUGCGCACUUCGACAGCUGGCUAAUUCGCACUUUCGGACAACUUGACGACCCGAAAUAUACGAAUCCCAAUAUUUCGAAGAACCCUAAGCUGUCGAAGGCCCGUCAGGCAUCAAAGCAACCUGAACUGGACCAAGACUCUCAACCUUCGCAUUCUUGA